UAAACGCUGUGAGGCUCUUGUUUUUGUUGUUGUAAAGUGUGUGUGAGCAUAAAGGCCUCUUCCUGCGCACUUGAGCAGUGAUACGGGAGGUGGGGAGGGCCCUCGGGGCGAGCACACCCCUACCGCCUGUGUCAGAGUAUUUCAGAACAGAGGCCAGCAUUUAGUCAUUCUUCAUGAAAAGCUGCACACACACUUGUCUGCUGAAGUCCACUCUUAACUCGUGGACCACAGGAGGAUAUAUCUCUGUUUUGUACGGAUCCGAAGACCACGGUUUGAUUUGCUUCUUUAUUCUUCGGUGAAACUUUGCGUCGUGACCACAGGAUACUUUUACGCACGGUUAUUUCACACUCAGAAAGGACAAUGCCUCGAUCUUUCUUGGUCAAAAAGUACUUCGCCAAACAAAAGCCAAACUACAGUGAGCUCGAAUGUCAGAAUGAUACUUCACUGGAGAGGUAUCCUCUUGCUGAGUUAUCAUCAGGAGACAACACCUCUGCUGCCACCUGCUUCACAACAGGUCUGGUGUGGGACCUUAGUGUCCUGCCCGCCCUCUACCUGCCCACCUCUCAAACAGAGCCCUCUGCCACCCCAGGCCCCCUGGACCUCAGCUCCCCGUCCAGCCUCAGCAGCAACGCCAGCAGCAGCGGGGAGGAGGACGAAGGACGCACAUCAGACCCCCCCAGCCCGGAACCCGUACACACGUAUGCCCCUCGCCAGCGGAUGAAAUGCACUGGUCGUUAUGGCUCACGUAGCCCCCCGGAGGAGGAGGAGGAGAGAGAGGCCCCCGUCACAGCGGCCAGGCCAGCGUUCCUCUGCAAACACUGCCCCAAAGAGUACACCAGCCUGGGGGCCCUGAAGAUGCACAUCCGCUCCCACACCCUGCCCUGUGUGUGCACCACCUGUGGAAAGGCUUUCUCCAGGCCAUGGCUGCUGCGCGGCCACAUUCGCACACACACAGGUGAGCGUCCAUUCUCCUGCCCCCACUGCAACCGGGCCUUCGCUGACCGCUCCAACCUGCGGGCUCAUCUGCAGACCCACGCCGAAGUGAAAAAGUACCAGUGUAGCGUCUGCUCUCGCACCUUCAGCCGCAUGUCGUUGCUGCAGAAACACAGCUCCUCGGGGUGCUGCUCCGCCACAGUGUGAGGCGUAAUGGGGAGAGACAGAGGGACCCACUCAGAGCUCAGGGCAGUGGAGGGCUAGUGGACACAGAGAAUGGGUCUACACAAGCCCAGCUGGCCUGUUGAUGACCUAUAAGGCCCGCAAAGAGCGUGAAAUGGCCUGCUUUAAGAGACCUGGAGGGAAUCAAGUCUCAUUAUGGAUCUGACUUUACAAGCCUCUUAGAUUCUCUGUUCCAUGAAAAAAACAGCUGAGCAGCAGAUUUUUUCUUCCACUCUUGACUGAAGUCUUGAGGCUGGACCAAAUCUGGACUGAGCAAUGCCGACACUCACUUGAUAUCAACCCCUUUGUUGCCAUUGUACCCAUUCCAAAGACCAAAUAUGUAGUGAACUCAUUGGGGUAAGAGGUGUUCUUUCCUGUCUCUGUCCUGGUGCCGGCCAACUCAGGAUCAUGGCCUAGACACAGCUGCUGAGAGGUAGGGGUGCGUGGGUGGAAUAAAUCUCUCAGCGCGCCUCAAAACACACACACACACACACACACACACACACACACACACAUAAAAGCAAAUGCACACACAGCUGUCCCUGGUACUGUGGUGUAGAUAGACGAGGUGCUAACAGGUGCUACAGCCAUGACCUUCGCCGGUUGAUAGCAGGUGACUUCCACUGCCCUUGGUUUGCAUAAGAAAAAAGAGGAAGCAUGUCAUCACAAAAGAAUGGCAUCAGUUAGUCUUUUUCACCGGUGGGGAUCCUUUUAAGCCUCUAUUUUGACUACAUCCAAACCUUCUCUUUAAUCUGAUGAUCGAUGUCUCAGAGAUAGGAAAAGCCAUUCUGUCUGUUAUUUUUCCAAAGAAGCUUCACUUUGCAGAUCCACUGCAACGUGGAUGCCAUGCACUCAAGGUUACCACAGUGUUAAUAAUAACCAGCCAAAGCCAUAUUUUUGUAACUUAAAGGAGUUUGUGCCUACAAAUUGUAUUGAUACCAAAAAUGUUUUUUUUUUUUUUUUUUUUUUUUUUAACCUCAGUUAGUAUUUGUGGCUUUAGAAAAACAUUGAUUGCAGUAUUAGUAGAAAUUAGUACCAAACAGUUCAAAAAUACAAUAAGGCUGGGACCAAAGAUUUUUUUUAAAAGUUUACACCAUGAAGGCAUGGUUGCCUACUAUGUGAUCAUAACCAUGUAAAUGGACAGUACAGAGAUGAAUUUUUAACUUUCCUAAACAUUUUAUGGCAGUGUUUUAUAGUGCAAUGUGCAGAUGAUGUGUUAUUUCAAUUUUGUACCAUGCUUGUGUGUUCCACUUUUAUUUCUUGUAUGUUGUAACUGAUAAAUUUUCAAUCAAUAAAGUAAUUUAUGUUUAUUAAAA